GAAAAUGAGUAACUCAAAACAACUACUUUAUUGGAAAUGCAUAUAUAGAUUUAAAAUUUUUCUUGAUAAAUCGUUUAUUAGGUGAACAAACAUUGCCCCCAAUAAAUCCAUAAUAACAAAACUUCUGAGUGAUGAAACCAUAUGCUCUAGGAAAAAUAUCAAUGAAACCAAAAGAUAUAUGAAACUUAAACCAAAUAAAACAUUUCAAUGAAACUCGUGUACUGGAAUGGGAUAUUUUGCUCGUCUCGACAGUGACUGAAGCCGUGACGAGACGAGACAGGUAACAGGUAAUGAAUUAGAGAGACUUUAAACUCUGAGAGUUCAUUCGUCUCUAUAUGAGACGAGACGAAUUGCUCGUCUCGUUUUAUGGAAAAGGGCCCUAUGUGUUUUGAAAUCGUGUAUGCGACGCCGCAUACCGCUCGAAUUGCAACCGAAUACCUGGAGAAAAACGACAUUCAAGUUAUGCCACACCCUCCUUACUCCCCAGAUUUUUUUCCCUGUGAUUUUUCGUUAUUUCCUGAGCUGAAAAAUACACCUUAGAGGCCGUCGAUUCAUCUAGAAUACAUCAGUAAAAGCAUCGGAGGCGAUUUUCAAGAAGCUCGGAGGAAACUUCUUUUAUCAGACUUUCCAAAAGUGGAAAACUUGCUGGGAAUCGUGUAUUUUGUCGGAAGGAAAAUACUUUGAAAGCCUGUAAUUGAUUUUUUCGUGUAAAUGCAUUUUUCGAUUUUUGGCGAUUCGUUGUUGCUGAAUGCUCCUCGUAAAUCAACAGAGAAAGCAAAGGAGACAACGUAUGUGUAUGGUUCAAUUGAGUGCAGAAAGAGUGCACAUCAGCACCGCGUUGCAUUCUGAAGACUGCUUCCAAGCGAGUUGCACAAGCACAUUCACAACAUCAAUUGCACCAAGUGACUGUUAAACUGUUGUUUGUCGUGUACAUAUAAUACCGUAUAUUCAUUCACAAACGAUCCACUCCAAAUGAGUGUUUUAUGAUCCAAACAGUAAAAAUAUAAGUCAACCGUGGAUAACUAAACAAUAUAAUAAAGUGAUCUCGAUUACUGCUACUCGUAUAAGAUUAUGAAAUGGUCAAAUAUAUAUAGAGUAGGAAACACUAUUUUCAAGUUAGUUUCAUAAACAAAAUUCAAUGGAGUAGCUCAUACGAUUUCAGUAAUCUGAAAAUAACAUUUUGGUCAACAUACGAUCCGUUGUCUCGAAUGCAAUUGUAAUCCGCCGCUAUAGUUGAAUCAUGCGGGAUUAGGAACACAAUAACCUAUUCAUCGUUGUUCAGCUGAUAACGAAGUAGCCAUCCAAGCUCAUCAGUAAUUAUCUGCGUGUUCCUCGAGAAGAACGUGUUCGUUUUAAAGUGCUUUCACCUCACGCAAAUAACAUGAAACCAGCUGUCCGAGUUGUGGAUUUACGGUCGGAUACCGUGAGUUUGCCAACUGCUCGCAUGCGUAAGGCUAUCUACGAAGCCGAAGUGGGCGAUGAUGUUUACGAUGAAGAUCCAACGGUGAAGGAACUGGAGCGAAGAUCUGCCCAGAUGUUUGGCAAACAAGCGGCCCUCUUCGUGCCGAGUGGAACAAUGGGGAAUCUGCUGGCCGUGAUGGUGCAUUGCAGCAGACGAGGCACUGAAGCCAUUGUCGGUGACAUGGCACACAUUUUUCUGUACGAACAAGGAGGAGCUGCCCAGAUUGGUGGAGUUCUUUUGAACUGUAUUAAAAAUGAGGAAGAUGGUACGUUCGAUUUGGGUGAGCUACGGAACAAAUUCCGAGGAUACGAUGUGCAUGAGUCGCAGACAGCUUUGGUGCUGGUUGAGAAUACCCACAACAUGUGCGGUGGCAAAGUUCUCCCGUUGCAAUGGCUGGAGGAUUUAUCGAAAAUUUGCACGGAACGAUCUGUAAAAAUCCAUAUGGAUGGUGCAAGGAUUUUCAACGCUGCCGAGUACCUUAAAGUUCCUGUGUCACGUAUUGUGCGAGACGUGGAUUCGAUUUGUUUCUGCCUGAGCAAAGGUCUCGCAUGCCCUGUCGGUUCGGUACUUGUGGGGCACAAUGACUUUAUCAAAGCAGCGCAUCGAUUGCGGAAAGCCUUGGGAGGUGGCAUGCGGCAGGUUGGCUUUCUGGCAGCCGCUGGGUUGUGUGCAUUUGACGAGAUUGUUCCCAAACUAAGCAAGGAUCAUGCACGAACCAGGAGAAUAGCCGAAUUCAUUCAGAGUAUUAACAGCCCGCUGUUCAAAGUCGACCUGGAAAAUCUCCAUACCAAUAUUUUAAUGAUUCAAAUAUUGACGAACCGAAUCACAUCUUGCGACUUUGAAAGGCGAUUGAUUGAAGUUUUACCCGAGGAACUUGAGCACGGGUUGGUGGAUGCCCGUGGCAAUGGGAUCAGUGUUAAAGUUAGUGCUCGUGACUGGUCGUUUACACGUAUCGUUGUGUACACCAACAUUACGGAUGAAGAUAUCGAUUUAGUCAUCAGAAAAAUUAAAUAUGUAAUAGAGGAGUAUCAUAAUAAUGAGUUGUAAAUUUCUCUGCUGCGAAUAAACAGUUUUUUUUUGUUUUGCGGAA